AUACGUAUGUAAAUAUUAUUUCCCGUAAGCGCUGGCCUAUAAUUGUCAUGAAAGAUGGCUUCUGAAAACAACGAUACAUCUGGUAUGGAAGAAAAUAUCGCUCACAACGCACCGAGUUCUGUAGAAGACGACGUCAACAAACUUGAAGACAAGGGUAGCGGGGAAUCUGAACCAAAAAUCGCAAAGACUGCAUGUGAUGAGGAAACUCGAAACGGUUCUCUGCUCAACAACACACAAGUACAUCAGGGAGACAGUAAAAGUUCAAAUAGCAUAGACGAUCAACAGCCCUCUCAACCUGUGCCACUGACAGUCAUCUUCAACAAGAAAAAAUAUGAUCUCAGCAUCGCAUUGUCAGAAAAAGUGUCCACGUUCAAGCAAGAAAUUCAGAAACUUACAGGUGUCCCACCAGUGAUGCAAAAACUUAUAUACAAAGGGGCCCCCAAAGUUGAAGACAGCAAGACGCUACAAGAGGUCAACAUCACCAAAGGAACAAAAGUUAUGGUAGUCGGCUCAACGUUGGACGAUGUGCUCAACCUCGAGGUACCCACACCGGAGGAACUCAAAGAAACAACGAAACAGCCUGCAAAAGAGCCCAUAUGCAGGCAAAAGAUUCAUCAGAAGAUUUUAGACAAAGGGGUACCUGAAGACGCAAUCCCAGGCAUACGUAACAUUAAGGACGCACUACCGGUGAUGCCGCUCUCGGGCAUGGUGAACAGGUCAGGAGGGAAAGUCCGUCUCACCUUCAAACUUGAGCUUGACCAGAUUUGGAUCGGCACCAAAGAUCGGACAGAGAAGGUAAACAUGAGUACCAUCAAGAACAUCAUUAGCGAACCCAUUGAAGGCCACGAAGAGUAUCACAUCAUGGCUCUGCAGCUCGGCACAACAGAAGCGUCUCGUUACUGGAUCUACUGGGUUCCUGCGCAAUACGUGGAUGCCAUCAAGGAAACUGUACUAGGGAAAUAGGGGGGGGGCACAAAUUAAGUUAAAACUGGGAGGAGAGUGGAUUAUUUUUGCAGUUUUACACCGAUGAUGUCUGCUUGUGCAUAUGCUGAAUGGAGAAGAAGUAAAAGUGUGGUGAGAAGUCA